AUGUUUGCUAAAAAUAAAUCGCCGCUCUGCAAUAAAUGUCAUGAAGCUGUAAGUGACUUUGUUCUGUGCCGCGAGUGUGAGAAUAGAUAUCAUCACGCUUGUGCCGGUAUAACUGAAAACGCCUAUCGACGCAUGGGGCAGGAGAAACGCGCCAACUGGAAAUGCACCUCCUGUCGGAACCCCUCACCUGAAAAUCCCGUUUUGGCUGAUCUCCUUAAUGAAAUUAAAUGCUUCCGUGAAGAUUUUUGCACAAUGAAAAGCGACUUCAACUCUUUUAAGUCAGAGAUACAUUGUAUUGCUCAAAGUGUGCAGGAUCUCACUAAUAAGUGGAGUGACUUGGAGUUGCGCCUCAACAACAUGGAGAGCAGACUUGAGAUCGCGGAAGGAAAAACCUCUGUUAUUAUGGAUUCAAUGAAAGAUUUGGAAAACACUAACCAAUAUCAAGACCAAUUCUCCCGCCUAAACAAUCUUGAGCUGUCUGGGGUUCCCUCACACAGAGGAGAAAACCUCAACAAAAUUCUAGGUGAUCUGUGUAAUGUUGUGGGCUUCACUUUGCUCAACACUGAUGUUGACACUAUACAUCGUGUCCGGCCGUACAACAAUCCUGCCUCUGACGCAACUAAUCUGCCGCUGCGACAUCCUGCCAUCGUGAUCCGCUUCUGCCAGCGCCGGCGCAAGGACGAGCUGCUGGCUGCUAUGCGAGCGCGUCGUGGCCUCACCACGGCGGACCUCGGGAUGCACGGCCCAGCGCUGCCCGUCUACCUCAGCGAUCACCUCACCCCGCAUAACAAGCUCCUCUUGAAACGCGCACGACAGCUUAAAGUGCAGCAUAAUUACUCUUACCUCUGGGUGAGGGACUGUAAGAUAUUUAUGAGAAAAAAUGAUAAAUCAAACAUUAUUCGUAUCUCUAAAGAAACUGAUUUCCAAAAGGUAAAGUGA